UCUUGAGGAAACCACUAACAGCACAACCUUCCCUUCGCAAUAAUCGUGGAAUUCUUACCACGUGGAGGAUCAGUAAAUUAAACCAUCGAGCUUGGGAUGCUCUAAGAGUUCUGAAGACAGCAGCAAAAAUGCGACAAUUAUCCUGGUUGGUAAUAUUGGAGCUUCUGUUUCUUGGUUGGCGUUGUGCUGAAGGUCAACAGUGCCAGAAAUUCAACAUAGGAUUAAAUGACCGAAGUAAGAUUUCAGACGACCAAUUCACAGCUUCAUCUUUCUUAAGUCCCGAGACAGCCCCUUUUCACGCCCGCAUAGGCGAUACGGAAGGUGAGGGAUGGUGCGCCCAGGAAAGCAGAAAUAAUGAGUAUCUCCAGGUUGAUUUGAGAAAAGAUUAUGUCGUGUGUGGUGUUAUAGUACAGGGUGGAAUUCACGGGAACGUCGACUCAUUCGACCUGGAAUUCUCUACUGAUGGCAGUUUUUUUAGUCCAUAUUCUAAGACUUUGGUCAGAGUUAACCAGUUGGAAGAAGAGGCUGAGUUUCACCCUCUGGGGCCAUAUCCAGUUGGAAGAUAUGUUCGUUUAUAUCCCCGAAAAAUCCGAAACUUUCUGUGUGCCCGACUGGACCUAUACGGUUUUCCAGGUCCCAAGGUGACAUGUACGCCACAAUACAUCAUCGCCGAAUUCAAGAAAGCGCAUUACCCAGGUCUUGAAGCUGAAGGAAUGCAUCUGAAAAAUACAAGCUGCUUGGCAGAUGACGAAAAUGCCACUCACAUUCUCUUCAAUAUUCCUCUGCGGAACUGCGGGACAGAGAGAAUCCUUCUGAAUGAUAGUUACAUACAGUACACCAACGAAAUUAUCCGUCGCAUAACUGGUGUUGGGAUUUCUUAUAAGAUGGACAUGUUCUUUCCAAUCAACUGCAAAUAUGACAGAAGAGAAACAGUGGGCGACAUAAGGAUUGAACUUCCAGCUACCACAACCGAAGCCCCAACGUCCGACGCCACCACGCUGAAGCCGCUACAGCGAAAGAUUUCUUUCAUCGGUUGGUUGGUUACCUUGUGGAUCUCAGUUUCCGGCCUCUUGACCCUCUGGUAUUAAGUUUUGCAUUUGUCUGGCUCACAGGUGGUGUAGCCUGGAAUUUUUUUUGAUUUUUUAGGUUCAAGCGAGAUAGCAUGAAGACGACUCCCUUAGCCAUCGUAUGUUAAAGAACAUAGACUUUGACCGUGGAAUCGUGGAAUUGGCUAUAAAUAUUUUUUUCAGAUACGCACAAUUUUGAAUAUAUCUCUAAAACAAGUCUAAAGAGGGUGGUAAAGGAGUUAUACGUGACGCGCGAUUAUCGCCAAAAUUAACAUGUGACGCGUG